AUGAAACUUGCCAAAGAGCCACAAGUUCACGAUUAAUAGAUUGUUCUUUUGAACUCUAUGGAAAAAAGAAAGAUGGGCAAUGGAAUUUGACAAUAAAAAACGCAGACCAUAACUAUGAAGCAUCAGAAGACAUGUCAGACCAUCCAUCAAGUCGCAGACUUAAUGCGGAAGAGCAGCAAAUAGUUCAGCAAAUGUCUGCAUCAGUUACCAAGGUGUCUGUAUUUGCGCUGAAAAAAGUACAUGAACAAUUUUUAAAAGUAUUCUAUGUGACUACAGAAAACCCAUUACAACCUUGUACCUAUAUAUUUACAUCGUUGAUAGGCCUUCCUUGCUCUCAUAAAAUUCAAGAAUAUCUUACUAAUAACCAAUACUUACAGCUUGCAGAUUUCCAUGAACACUGGUGGCUUCAAAGGCACCAAUUACUUUCACAAAUACCAACUGUAACUGAAGAUCUUUUGCAGCAGCAUUGGCAAAAAUAUAGUCAACAGUUUAACUCUUGGCUAGCUCAUCAACAAUCAGCGGCUUUAGACGAAAUGUCAGGUUUAUUCCAGGAAUUAGCUAUAGUUGUUCAAAAUCUACAAGUGCAACAAACGAGAGAAUGUCUACUUGGAGCAAGAAAUAUUCAAUCAUCUACUCAACGAGAUCCAUUCACCUUUGAAUUGACUAAAACAGGAAGACAUAUUAGGAAAUGCGGUCUAUGUCAUUUAACUGGCCAUAAUAGUAGAACAUGUUCUAAUAAUAGAGAACAAAAUUAG